AUGGCGCACGCGUGGCUCGACUCUCUCUCCGAGGACUGGCCCUCGCAACUGGGCUCAGAUGCCUCGCCGCCCCCUCAACUCCCUCCACUCAAUUCGAACGAGAACAGCGCGGUUGCCAAUGGAAGGGCACCUCCUAGCAGGCUGCCACUGCCCAUGAAGACGGCGCCAACAGCCAAUGCCAAUGACGGCAGCUUCAAUAUCCUCAGCGAGCGUAGCACCAACGAGAGGAAUCUUCCCUCCUCCGCGCGCAAACCCUCCAAACUCCCCAAUGAGAUCGACGCCGGUCCCGAGAGCCGCUAUGCGAGCCGAACGUUCUCUGCCUCGACCACCGGGUCUGUGGUCCAUAACACGGUAAACCACCGAUCGACAAGCGCAUCACCCAACAAAAAGGGCCACACGCCAGAAUGGAAGCGACGUCUAGUCUAUGGGGAGGUGCCCUACGGCGAGCAGCAAGAUCUUUUCCAAUCCGCGGCCACCGGGCUAGAGAAUAUGUUUAAGCCACCCCCACCACCACAAGAAGGCUCUGUCGUCGACGACAGUCGACAACACUCGGGCAUGCCUUCCAGCCCACCUAUUUAUCGCCCGGCCGAACCUGCUACACCGGUAUAUGACGACGAUGACGACGAUGAAGGCAGCGUUGUGCAUGCGAUGGAGGGUAGUCCCAGCCCCAGCCCACGGAAGCCUCGAGAAAUGACAUACAAAAUGGUCGACGAGUCGUAUGAUGCGGGCAGUCUCGACAGCUAUAGCACACAAGGACACAGUCAAGAGGCUGCUGACUCGAUAGCUGAAGAGAGCCUAUCGGUGCGCGUAGCAUCUGCCAACGGUCUUGCGCCACCGACCGAUGCGUCAAGGAAAACCAGCGGACAGAGCGUUGUUCGUAAUGAGGACUUCAGCCCCAUCGUGCUCACGAAGCAGGUCGGCAAUGUCGGCCAGGUUGACUUUGCACCUGUCGAAGUACCGGCCGAUCAGCUAAAGAAUCGUUUGGAAAAACUGCGCAUCAACCAGAUGCUGCUGGACUCGUACGCCGAGGGAGAGCUCGACUUCAGCGACCUGCAAGAGGAAGGCAUCUCGGGAGGUCCCGAAGACACUGACGAAUUUGCGCGACAGGGUGGUUUCUUGAACACUCGGCGUGGCGGCCGAUCUGCUGAGGGAUCUUUCCGACAUCGCCUGCUCAGCCCAGGCAUGUCUGGCGACACGUCUGACAUGCUCCCGGAGGACUCGCUUCAAGCUAGCACCCCCAAGCAAUUCCCCACCAUCCGCAUCAACGAGGAAGGCUUUGGCAGCCAUCGUUUCGCCUCUGAGACGCCGCCUCAGCUUCGCGCGCCCUUUCCAAGUCCCGAGAAACAGGACACCAACCCUCAGUCCAACGGCGGAAGCCCGCUGAAGCUCUUCGGGCCAUACGACACGUUCACUAACCAGACUCUUCUACGCCGCAUCAGCCAGUUUGAAGACAACUCGUCAAACGAAUCCAGGCUAUCUGAGGAACAGGGAGAAGAAAUGCAGGCUUAUAGCCAGAGUCUGGCGGCACCCUCCAGCCCGCCACGACCCAAACCCUCCCAAUUCAUGCCAAGCGCUCGAUCGGUCAGUCAGUUCGGCCGAGGCGAUUUGCAGGGUUAUCAGUUCGGCGAUGUGUCACUCCGAUCUGAUGGCGCAACCUCGGAAGAGGAUGAAAGCCAUGUCAGUGUGCCUGCAACAUCUAGCCGCAACAUGAAGUUUGAUCUCGAGCCUACAUCUCCACAAGGCGAUGUACCCCUCAUCAUCCCAAACAAACGGCGGCAACAGGGCGUGACGCCAUCGUCCUCGAGAAACAACAGAACAGUUUCCUUUUCCAGUCGCGUCAGUGUUCAGUACCACGACAGCAGCAGGCCCAGCAGCAGACCGGGCCCACCGGUGCUGGCAACGCCCAAGCGAGACAGCGGCUCCGAAGGCAAGCGGCCUCGGACGUCACCCACCAAGGAUCCAACCCCCAAGCGAAGACGUACUCUCCACAAGUCCGAUGUAGCCUACGGCCACGAGCAGCUCGCCGCGCUUGAAACGGUGCAGGAUUCGCAUUGGUACAUGCAAUCCAUGAUGGGCAAGCGCCAGGAGGUUCGUUCAGGCGGAUUCCAGCAGCUGGCCCACCCUGACGUCCUCGCCGCCCGACAGAUGAGCCGGCCACGCACGCCAACGCCUAGUCAGCGAUCCUCGGUGCAGCGUGAAAGACACCCGAGCUCUGAAAUCCAACCUCAGGAGCAGUCACAGUCGCAGUCGCAAUAUUCCCCAAAGCGCAGCUCGCAGCUGGCGAAUGGCUCGAUGGAACGGAACGAAAGCACCGAAACUGAUCGCAAGCCAUCCAUCAAGACGCAGGACUUUGUCGAGCAGGCUGGUGCCAUCAUGGCGAUGAUUCGCAGCGGAAUCAAACCACCCAAUGGACUCGACAGCGUGGAGGAGUCAGAGGAGGGCGAUUAUGCCAGCCCAAGCCCUGAUAUCCAGGACGUGUCGUUUGAGGAGUCGACGAGGGAACCUCUUUCCCGGCCACCAAGCCGCGACGGCAAGCCGGUGACAAGAGUUCCGCCCCGCCAGGAGAACCCCGAGGUGCUGGAUUACCUGAAGAAAUAUCAGGAGCUCAGUGACAUGGGCGAUGUCAUCUCCUCAUCUCUGCGGUCUAUGGGUCUGGCCCAGGAUGCUAUCCGUGCCGCUCAAGAAGUGGAGAAGAUGGUUCAAGCGGGCCAGGACGUUUCCUAUCCCGACGAUCUGGAUUCUUUGGAAGACAUCAUCAGUGACCCGCCUAAUAUUCGAAUCAGCCGCGGACCAGCCGCCGACCAAAACGCAAUCGGACCAGACUACCCGUCCAACAUCUCGGAUGGCUCAACAAAAAGCAUCCCCACCGGGUCGUCACGGGGUUCUGAGUCCAAGAAGACCAUUCUGCCAGCGAGCGUCGUUCACCUGCUUCCCGAGUCUGUCGCGGGCAUGUAUCUCGACAAACAGCAAAAUAUCUGGGUCAAGCGCAGGGCUGAGUCUGUCCGCAUCCACAACAUUCUGCCUUCCGAAGACAGCGAGGAUGACCCGUUUGCGAGCAUCCCCGACCUGACCGUUGACAUGACGAGGGAGAUGGAGAACCUGCGUCUGAAUCCCUCACAGCAAACCCUCAGUGGCGACGAGAACGAGUCCUCUGGAGACUAUUCACGCACGCCGAGCAGCCAGCGCAGCAAGAGCUACGUCACCCUGUCCCCGAACGGUGCGAUACCUGAGGGUAUGUCUCCCCAGGCGCAAGAGGAGCUCACGAAGCUCGAGAGCAUGGUCAACAGCCCAACUAGCGAUCGCGACGACUACGAGGAGGAGAUGCGCGUCGAAGACCGCAACCGCGUGUCCCCGUCGAGGAAGAACCUGACCAUUUCCUUCUCUUCGCCUAUUGCAUCCAUCAUUCACGACGUGGUUCCCGAGGACAUUGAUAGACUCGAGGACGACACGGGUAGCAUCUCGCAUGCCGACGGUGGAUCAUGGUCUGAGCAACAGACCGAUAACCAGUAUCGCAGUCUCACGAAGAAUGCGCGCAAGAAGUUGCUGGCUCGGUCCAAAAACGGCACGCGGAGGGCGUCUCGAAACCUCGCGGUUCAAGGACAGGCCUUUACGCCACGUCCAGUGUCUCGCAUCGACGAACAGGAUGAAGACAGCCAGAACGAGCGCGCCCACGCCGAGAGCAGGCAAAUCAGCAUCCUCGCUGAUGCAAGCGUUGUCAGCCACCAGGAUCGCCAGACAAGCCUCAGCUUCGUAGUGUCGACACCCGCCGCUCACCACGGUGCCGGAGCCAUCAUCAGCCAAAACGUCGGCAACCUGUCUCUCAGCCCUCUGUCCGAGUUCACGAUGAACAACCAGGACCAAUCGUUCGGACUGGAGGUUAGCUACCUGGUGCAGGACCGACACUUGGUCACAGGCGAUGGUUCUAAGAAAGUGCUGUCCAUGACGGUCCGCGACCUUGUCGACCGACUGACCGAGGUGGAGCCUUUCGAGGCCAACUGGGACGACUUUGUGGAACUGGACGUCAGCGACAAACGCUUAUCGAGCCUGCAUAUGCUGGAUGAGUUUUGCGGGCGACUGGUGUCACUGGACGCCUCGACCAACGCACUGUCACAUCUUGAUGGCGUGCCCUCGACGGUUCGCCACCUCAAGGCGUCCAGCAACCUGUUGACGGAGCUGACUUCUUGGGACCAUCUGUCAAAUCUACAGUACAUUGACGUGUCAAACAAUGAGCUGCGCAGCCUGGCUGGCCUCAACAAUCUCGUUCACCUGCGAGGCGUCCGCGCGGAUAACAAUAAGCUGACAUCGCUGGACGGCUUCCACUUCCACGACGGGCUCCUGUCGCUGCGAGCGCGGGACAACCUGAUCGAGGAGCUCGAUUUUGACGGCACCAAGCUUGACCGGUUGGCAGAGCUGGACCUGUGCGGCAACAAGAUCCAGUCGAUUCGCAACCUGGGACAACUCCCGUCGCUGGAGACUCUCAAGGUGCAGCGCAACCAGCUUGUGGACUUACACAACGAAGGACCACUGCCAUGCCUUCGACACCUUGACAUUGGGGACAACAAUGUGACAUCGCUCGACAUCAGCUCUAUGCCUUGCCUGCGCGUUCUGCACGCUGAUAGGAACCGCAUUAGCAGAAUCACUGGCUUCGCGCGUGCAAGGUAUCUAGACAGCAUAUCGCUCAGAGAGCAGCGCGGCGACGAGCCUCUCGGGCUAGCGUUCCUGUCCGCCGCCUAUGAGGUGCGCAAGCUUUUCCUGUCGGGCAACUACAUUGGUCAAUUCGAGCCGCAGGUCGAUUUCCUCAAUCUGCAGCUUCUUGAGCUGGCAAACUGCGGGCUGCAGUCACUCCCGGAGAAUCUCGGUCAGCUGAUGCCGAACUUGCGAUCGCUGAACCUCAAUUUCAACGCCAUUGCGGACAUCAGCCCGCUGCGAUUCAUUCCGCGGUUGAAGAAGCUGCUCAUGGCGGGCAACCGACUGGCCAACUCGACGCAAGUCACGGAGGUGGUGACCGAGUUCCCGCACCUCAGCAAGCUGGAUCUGCGGGACAACCCGAUGACACAGGGCUUCUACGCGCCACUGCAAGGCAUGGUGCCUGUGGAUCGCACGGGGUAUGUGGAUCCUUUUAUGCUGCCCGAGGCAGAUGCCGAGCGGGACGCACUUUUCGCGGGCCGACUGGACCAAGCGACACGACUGCGGCGGCGUCUGUACCAGGUGGUGUUUGUCGGGUGCUGCGCUCGGCUGAAAGAGCUGGACGGGCUGCCCGUCAAGCGCAGGGAGGCGCUGGCCAGGGAUGCAGCGUACGAGAUGCUAGUGAAGGAGGGUCUCCUACCGGGGCAGCAGCAGUCCGAAGAAACGGGGGCUUUGGAGCCGAGGCGCAAGGGUGGGGAGCAGCAAGCCAAACCGCACGAGCAAGCAGAGGCUGCAAAAUGCAGCGAUGACAGCAGUCGGUGGAAUGCGGAAGACAGCUUUGCCUGA